UCAGUCACUCUCGCCUUGCCUGCCACUGUCACACUAGCAGCUGUCGCUAUAAAUCACUAUUUGGGUGUGGCUGUCACUACAUUUGACUAAUGACUGUCUAUACUCAUCCAUUCACUCGGUAUUCAUCCACUCUCUCCCGCCCUGCCAUUGACUUCUCUUUGGCCCGAUGACGUCACCGGGAGAAUGGGAGGGAGCUUAUCUGACUGAUCCAAGACAUCGGUGCUCCCCAGGCUCCCGCGGCGCCGCCAUUUGCAGCGCCUGUGACAGAACAUCAGACAAGCAGUGAGUGAGUGAGGCAGAAGCUGGAGUUACUGGACCUGCUGCGGGGAGGAGGACGUUAAGUCCUGAAGUUUGUGUGCGCGCGUGUGUGAAACAGACAGACCGUCAAGAUGAAUGUUACUAAAGGCGGCUUGGUGCUCUUCUCCGCCAACUCCAAUGCAUCUUGCGUGGAGCUUGCAAAGAAAAUUGGAGAGCGGCUGGGUAUUGAACUUGGUAAAGUUGCAGUGUAUCAGGAAUCAAACAGAGAAACUCGGGUUCAGAUUAAGGAGUCUGUGCGAGGAAAAGAUGUUUUCAUCAUCCAAACUAUGUCCAAGGAUGUGAACACCACAAUCAUGGAGCUCCUAAUCAUGGUGUAUGCCUGCCGGACAUCUUGUGCUAAGACCAUCAGUGGCGUGAUCCCUUACUUCCCCUACAGCAAGCAAUGCAAGAUGAGGAAAAGAGGUUCCAUUGUGACCAAGUUGUUAGCCUCAAUGAUGUGCAAAGCUGGUUUAACACAUCUUAUUACCAUGGAUUUGCAUCAAAAAGAAAUCCAGGGGUUCUUCAAUAUUCCUGUGGAUAACCUCAGGGCAUCACCUUUUCUCUUACAAUACAUUCAGGAAGAGAUUCCAGAUUACAGAAAUGCAGUUAUAGUGGCCAAAUCCCCAUCAUCUGCAAAGAGAGCGCAGUCUUUUGCUGAGCGGUUACGUUUGGGAAUUGCUGUGAUACAUGGCGAAGUCCAAGAUGCGGAAUCUGAUUUGGUGGAUGGGAGACAUUCGCCACCAGCAGUCAAAAAUAUUUCUGCUAUGCACUCAUCAUUGGAAAUACCUUUAAUGUUUCCGAAAGAGAAGCCUCCUAUCACUGUGGUUGGGGAUGUAGGAGGACGGAUAGCCAUCAUUGUGGAUGACAUCAUUGAUGAUGUAGAUAAUUUUGUUGCUGCUGCCGACACACUUAAAGAGCGAGGUGCCUACAAGAUAUUUGUGAUGGCCACACAUGGGCUACUUUCCUCAGAUGCGCCACGAUUAAUAGAGGAGUCUGCUAUUGAUGAGGUGGUGGUUACCAAUACAAUUCCGCAUGAAAUCCAGAAGCUUCAGUGCCCCAAAAUCAAGACGGUUGACAUCAGCAUGAUCCUGUCAGAAGCAAUUCGCCGGAUUCACAAUGGAGAAUCAAUGUCUUACCUUUUUAGAAAUAUAGGAGUAGAUGAUUAAUCUUUAGCUUUCAUCUAUGAAUAUAUAUUUUAGGAAAUUAUCAAGGGCCAAAACUGGAAUUGUACAGUGUAUCUUUGCCGUACAAAUGCUUACCUUAAUAUUUCAAUGGGGCCGCUUUUUUCAGGCUAAUCUGCUUAUCCGCAGAUGCACCAAUCAAUGUUUUGCCUUUUUUGCUAAUUUUUUUGUGAACAAAAUGUCCAACACAAUAAUUGUUUGUACUAUGUCUUUUAUGUGCACUUGAUCCUAGGGUCCCUAAAGUGGCAGCACUAGUAAAAAAAAAAUAUAUAUAUAAAAAAAAAUACCUCUGCUCUUUUCUGAAGGAAAAGAGAAUUUCCUGUUUUGUAGUCCUUUUUUCAGUUCACACUAUAAAUAGAACAACACAAGCUGUUUGAGUGCAGUUUGGUUGCCUUGAGCGCAGAUGGGGGGUGCUAGUCCCUAUUGUGUGAUUUUAGGACCUUCCUGCUUGAACAAAGGUGGCGUAAUUCAACAUUGGCAGGGCCGCCUGAUCUCGGUCUUGCCUGCUUAUUCUGUCUUUGAAAGUUGGAAUAAUUCAUUCCUGCCCUACAGAAAAAAAACAGCCAAAGCUUGUCAAGAGCCUAUAUGUAACUGACAAAUUAUUCUGCUUUAGUCAUAUCGUUGUUUAGUCUUCAAGCCAAAAUGUUACAUUAGUUUCGCAAGUUAUCCUAAAAUGUAACCACAUCAAGCACAUAGUUCUUAAAGGGAUAUGAAACCCCAACAUUUUCUUUUGUGAUUUAGACAGAGCAAACCAUUUUUAAUAAAGUUUCCAAUUUAAUUCUAUGAUCAAAUUUGCUUUGUUCCCAAGAUAUUCUGUGUUGAAGCGAUACCUAGGUAGGCAUCUGGAGAACUAUAUGGCCGGAAAUAUUGCUGCCAUCUUGUGCUCUUGCAAAUGGAUAAAAUUCUUGCAAAACUGCUGCCGUAUAGUGCUCCUGAAAUGGGCUGCCUCUUAAGCAUACAUCCCUGCUAAUAUACCAAGCGAACGAAAAAAAAUUGAAUAGAAGUAAAUUAGAAAGUUGUUUAAAAUCACAUGCUCUAUCCAAAUCAUAAAAAGAAAAUUUUUGGGUUUCAUAUCCCUUUAAAUUAAAGUUUUAUAACGACUCCCAUGUGCCAUUUCUCUUACUUGGUGUAUCCAGUCCACGGAUUCAUCCUUACUUGUGGGAUAUUCUCAUUCCCUACAGGAAGUGGCAAAGAGAGCACACAGCAGAGCUGUCCAUAUAGAUCCCCCUCAGGCUCCGCCCCCCCCAGUCAUUCUCUUUGCUGCUCUAACAAGUAGCAUCUCCAUGGGAGGGUGCCAUUUUUCUCUGUUGAUGAAAAUGUGUAAAUUGAUGGAAGUGUAUAUACUGUAGAGCAGGAAGCAAUAAUUGCUGCUUACGAACGUAAAUGCCAACUACUGCAACUCAUCAGGUCUCAGGCUUAGCUUGUGUUUUGCUUUUUCUAAAUAAAAUUUACUAGUGCUGUUGCUUUAUUGCCCAUUUAAUGCUGUGGUAAGGCCUGUGAUACAUUGCAGAGCAAUGUAGUAUGUGUAGAUCAAUAUACUGCAGGUGUCUUGAGCAGCAUAGGUGUGGAGAACAAGAGGUUAACUCCAGAAAUGAUUUGUGUUCCUACCCCAUAGCUGACUCUGCUAAUUCCUGAAGGAACUGCUGUUUUGAUAUUUGGAACCAAAAAAAAUAUAUGUAUCAGAAGCAGUUGUGUGAAGAUAACUUUCUGUAGUAAUGCUUUUUUUGUAGGAAAGCAUACAGACAAUAUGCACUUGUAUUUAUUUUCUGCAAAAGACGAGGGAAAAAUAAAAUAUUUGUGACUUCUGUUUUUAAUUCUUGUAUCCAAUGUAUUCUAAGAAAUAAAAGUAGAAAUGAAGGGAAAGUAUCUCUACUGAUUUGGUCAAAGCAGAGUUUAUCCCUUCAGUGUUGAUGUACGUUUGUGGGCUUUUAGUUUUUUUCAACUUAAAUUACAUUUUUCGUUAAAGGGACACUGAAGUCGAAAUUAAACUUUCAUGAUUCAGGUAGAGCAUGCAGUUUUAAGAGUCUUUUUAUAUGCACACUUUCUGAUUACUAAAUCCUACUGAGCAUGUGCAAGAGUUCAAAGUGUAUACGUAUAGAGAGACUGUGAUUGGCUGAUGGUUGUCAUAUGAUACAGGAGUUUGGCAAAUUCAAGGAAAUUUUGAAGCUUGUUAGAAAAACAUCAGCCCGUUUAAUAUUCAUGUUUUGUCAUUUUAUUAUGCGCAUUUUGAUUUAAUGGUAAAAGUUGAGAAAAUAUUUUUGCAGUCUUCAUUUUCUAAACACCUUUAAAGCUAUAAGGUAUGUCUCCCCAACCACUAAAAUAGUGUUAUUUAUUUUUUUAAUUUUCAGAGUUGAAAUUACUAAACUUUUGGAGGCAGUCAAAUUAAACUUUAUUUUUAAUAUACCUUCAGCUAGGUAAUUGGCACUCCACCCCCACCCAUCUGGUAAGUCUUACCAUGUUUUCUAGAAGAGAUUGUUGUGUUUAUCACCAAUAUCAGGAUUUAUUCUUAUAAAGAUUUAGUCAUUGUUAACUUCAAUAAAGAUAAUUACUGUUUGUUCAUUUUUCAAGAGCAUAACUGUUUGUGGUUCAGUACAGUAUUAUACACCCACAAUAGCUUCAAUAUAAUCUGACAACAAUGUAACACUUAGUCAAAGUAAAUAAUAUACACUGUAUCUAAUUGCUCACUCUGGUAGCACUGAUCAAUGAAGUCUGGCCUGACAAAAACCCAAUACUUGAAACCCCACUUUUUCAGGUUGGUAUGACUUUCAAUAAAAAUAUAUUAUUACACCAUACUCCAGCCUGGCUGGACAGAGACUUUCUUUUCUCCUGUAUUUUAAAGCCUAUGUUAGAGUAUUGGUGAAAAUGGCAAUUACCUGCAGGCCUUGCUUCAAAGCCUUGUGAAAUAUUUUAACCUCGGUUAGUGCUGAGCAACUUUACAAUUGGUUCCUGAUGACAUCACCAGUCUCUGCCAUUUUCAGACAUGUAAAUAUGCACUUCUUCUUUCAUUGUAAGCCAAUGGAGUACUCUAAGCAGAACUGUAUUAUUCUGCAGGAUAAUUUUCUCUUUGUUCAUGAUUGAAGUAUAUCUUUUGUGCUAUUAAAUAGUUACUUUUCUCUGUCUCAGGUAUGAGUACCUAUAAGACUUGUACAUUAUAUAAAUCCGACACCAACCUAAUCACACCUGCUUCAUAAAAACCUAGACCGGUCAAAAAUAAAUAAAAAACCUAUUUGUGUACUUUUAA